AUGUUCGGCUUCCUCGAGCCCGCGUUCUGGCAGCCGCAGAGGUGCUGUGCUGCCACGCUUGACCCUCGAGGGCGACGCGGCGCCACCCCGUCGACCGCACCUCUCGCUGGCGGGUGCCCGACGAGCAGCACUGCCUUCCGGGAGGGCGCAGCGCCGGAGGUCCACCGCAAGCAGAACACGCUCAGCAACGCUCCAGGGCCCGCCCCCGUGGGCCUCCAGUCGAGCGCGGGGUCUACGAGGGGCCAGCCCGGCCCAGCGCUGCCCGCCAGGCU